AUGCCGCAAACCCGGAGCCGAACCCCUGCAGCAGCGGUUCCCAAAGCGCGGUCCCCGCCGGCAGCUUCCGCCUCGUCGGCGAACUUGUUGGAGACGCGCGUGCUUGGGCCUCACCGCAGCCCGCAGCUCGGGAGCCCCGGGGGUGCAGGCACCGCAGCCCGCAGCUCGGGAGCCCCGGGGGUCCCUUUCUGCCUCAAUUGUUCCAUCUUCCCUGAAGAUGUGUCCUCCCAGAGUGAAAGCAGCCCCGUGCCCUGCAAUAGCAGUAGGGCCUUGGGGCUCUUUCACCCUGAGGACUUGAACCUGACCGACCAGGAGCUGAAACUCAAGUACCUGGGGCCCCAGCAGACGGAGCUGUUUGCACCCAUCUGUGUCAUAUACCUGCUGAUCUUCUUGGUGGGCACCGUGGGCAACGGGCUGACCUGCCUGGUCAUCCUGCGCCACAAGGCCAUGCGCACGCCCACCAACUACUACCUCUUCAGCCUCGCGGUGUCGGACCUGCUGGUGCUGCUGCUGGGCCUGCCCCUGGAGCUCUACGAGAUGUGGCAGAACUACCCCUACCUGCUGGGUGCCGGCGGCUGCUACUUCCGCACGCUGCUCUUUGAGACCGUCUGCCUGGCCUCUGUGCUCAACGUCACUGCCCUGAGCGUGGAGCGCUACGUGGCUGUGGUGCACCCGCUGCAGGCCAGGUUGGUGAUGACCCAGGCCCACGUGCGCCGCAUGCUCGGGGCUGUCUGGGGCCUGGCCCUGCUCUGCUCUCUGCCCAACACCAGCCUGCACGGCAUCCAGCAGCUGCAUGUCCCCUGCCGGGGCACCGUGCCCGGCUCGGCCGUGUGCAUGCUCGUCGGCUCGAGGGCCCUGUACCACCUGCUCAUGCAGAUUACCACUCUGCUCUUCUUCUGCCUGCCCAUGGCCGCCAUCAGCGUGCUCUACCUGCUCGUUGGGCUGCGGCUGAGGCGUGAGGGGCUGCUGCUCAGGCAGGGGGCCAAGGGCAAGGCCAGGGCCAGCGACAGCCGCAGGCUCCAGCGGCUGGAGGAUAGGAGCCGGACCCAGGUGACCAAGAUGCUGUUUGUGCUGGUCCUGGUGUUUGGCAUCUGCUGGGCCCCGUUCCACAUCGACCGCCUCAUGUGGAGCUCCGUGUCCCGCUGGACCGAGGGCCUGCUCCUGGCCUUCCAGUAUGUGCAUGUGGUCUCCGGGGUCUUCUUCUACCUGAGCUCGGCCGCCAACCCCGUGCUCUACAGCCUCAUGUCCAGCCGCUUCCGAGACACCUUCCGCGAAGCCCUGUGCUUGGGGACCCGGUGCCGUCGCCACAGACUCCGCAGCAGCUCCCGCAGCCUCAGCAGGGUGACCACAGGCAGCACCGUGUGUGACCUGGGCUCCCUGGGCAGCAAGACCCACCCGCUGGCUGAGAACUGUGGCCCAGAGGGCCUGCAAGAGGCUGACCCCUCCCUCUGCAGAGGCGCCUCAAAGCAGUUUCACCUGGGGGAGCCAGAGGGUCACAUGCAGCUCUGGGAGCCACGCUUGAUCUCUUCUUCGGGGAUGUCUUCAUGCCUGUCCCCCUUUGUGCCCCAUCCCCACGCAGCCACCUCAGUGACUCCCGACCCUACCAUGUACUAGAAGGGAUGUAGGGUACCGGCUGCCCUCCAGACCUCUGGGCCCCCAGUUAAAGUCCUUCCCUGCAGGAACCUUCGUCUGGGGACAUCCCCACUCCUGCCACCAG